AUGUGCGACGAUAGAAAGUCAACGGGCCCGAGAUACCUCCUUCGCUUCCUGGAAGAGCGCUUGCUGAAAUCCCCGAGCAAUGACCUGGGCUUGCGCCUUGAAGACAUGUUUGUCAAACUGCGACGGCAGCCUGGAGUGGGAACGUCGCAGUGGGCGACGCAGGUUCGAGAGUGCUACCGUCUGCUGAAGCGAUCACUUGGAAAGCUGCAGGCGACUCGGAACCCCUUAACGGAGAAGAACGUGAAGUCCCUUAGUCGGCUCGGAGAGGGUCUGGUGGACCUGGGCCGAGGCUCUCUCGCAGUGGUGAGCCCAAACGUAGCGUUGAGGAACCCCGAGCCUCAGCAAGAUGUUGGCAGUGCCAGGCGAAGCACCACGACGGUGAAGCCAAAGGAGGACGGAGAGGAGGAGCCCUCCUACCAUGCCAUGGACGGUGGCGAGUCUUGGUAUCAGAGUUCCUUCUCCCUGAAGAAGUUCUUGGGUGGUUGCUUUUGCGAAAGGAGGAAGAGCUGCUUAGUGUCGAGAAACAUCAUCGAGCCGGACCUGGCCGCUCUCCAGCUCCUGCUCGCCGAGCCGGUGGACGAGAGCACCGAUUCCUGCUGGCCUGCGUCAGCCGCCGGAAAUGAGGAGAUCGUGCUGACUGAUGCCCAGCUAGGACAAGAACUGAGCGAGAUCUACGGCCAGUUUGAGCAGAAGCGCCGAACGUUCCAAGAGUCCCGCCAGAUCGUGAAGAACAAGCUCCUGAACCGCGGCUUCUACCCGGCAAAGGGGGGAAAGGGCAAGGGCCGUGGACAUAGCCAGCAAAGGCAAGGACCGCGCGGGGUGGCUUUUAUGGAAGGUGAAGACAAGACGGCGGGCGCCUUUUUCAUUGAGGCCGACGGUGAGAAUGUCGGCGAGCCAGAGCACUCCUUGGAGAAUGUACAGGAUUCAGAGAGAGUGUAUGCCACGGACAUUGCCGUGAUCGAGGGGCAGCCAGAGCACGACGAGAGUGCAGGACAGGUGUCUAGCUCUUUGUCCUAUGUGGAGAUUCCUCAGCGGCUGGAUGGCCAUUUGAUCUACUUGGGAGCGCACACCCUGGACGCAGAGGGCCGUGCCGGUGCUGCUGUCGGUCAAGACGCUUCAGAAGCUGGGGGGAUUGCGAUUAGACUUGAGGAGUCUUCUUCAGGGCAUCUUCUUCUAGAUCUUAGCAAGGAGAGGCUGGGCUACAGCCGCACGGUGGGGACCGACAACCGAGAUCCCCGAGCUCUUGGUGGAACACAAGCCACAGCCGUUCGGGAGCGGAUCGAAGUCGGGGCGGAACGCCCACGGGGAGUGGAUUGUGUGCGAGGCCCUUUGUCGAAGGACACCGAGCAUGUGCUGGAGACCAUGACCUCGAAGCCGGGAACCAAGGCGGCGCAGGGCCGCGCGUAUGGUCUUGUCAACGCCCCAGCAGAGUUCUACAAGGCUGUGGGUUUGGCCCUGAAAGCUCAGGGUUUCAUUCAGAUGAAGACUGAGCCUUGUGGAUGGCUUUUCCGAGGCAAGCAUCCUUUGACUGGAAAGAUGACGACUUUGGGUGUGGUGGUGAGCCAUGUGGAUGACUUAAUCAUCUGCAGCUGCGAGCAGAGUGAUGAAUGGAACAGGGCCAUCACCGCCUUCUACGAGCAGUUCCGCUGGAGUCCAUGGGAGAGGCUUAUGGCAUGCACGGCGGGCAUGGCGUUCCUGGCCUUGCGGGUCUUGGCCACUUUCCUGGCACAGCCUGGCCUCCACGGAGCCUCGCCGCUUGACAAUGAAGUUGAUGAUAUGUGGGUCGCUGGGACCUGGGCAGUGAGAGCUUGCUGCCUGGACGGAUACAGAGAUUUCCUGCUCCACGGGGUAGGACACCGUAGUGUGGAUGUGCAAGCAGCUUCUUGUUCUGCUGAGGACGAUGGCCUUCUGAGCAACCGUGCUCGCCUUCCGGGUGAUCGUUGCGGAAGCUCCCCCGUGCAGACGCCGGCUGGCACUUUCAUUGCGACACCUACCUGGAGUGAGUCCGGCGAGUUUGCAACCCGCCGCGACGAUCCAUGCAGCCCGCUCUACAUCCAGGCAACUCCGCAACGAUGGGCGAGCGAACACUGCCAGGCUCGGGAAUCUUCUGCUCAGCUGCUUGAUCAUAUUGCAAAUGAGCACAUAGUGGCCCGGCCACUUUGGAGGCUCCCCUCUUAG